AUGUGCGUUGGCUCACUAGGAACCAUUAAACCCAUACACACUGAUAGAGGGAGAGACUCACUAGGAACCAUUAAACCCAUACAUCCUGAUAGAGGGAGAGACUCACUAGGAACCAUUAAACCCAUACAUCCUGAUAGAGGGAGAGACUCACUAGGAACCAUUAAACCCAUACAUCCUGAUAGAGGGAGAGACUCACUAGAGACCAUUAGACCCAUACACACUGAUAGAGGGAGAGACUCACUAGGAACCAUUAAACCCAUACACACUGAUAGAGGGAGAGACUCACUAGGAACCAUUAGACCCAUACAUCCUGAUAGAGGGAGAGACUCACUAGGAACCAUUAGACCCAUACAUCCUGAUAGAGGGAGAGACUCACUAGGGACCAUUAAACCCAUACAUCCUGAUAGAGGGAGAGACUCACUAGAGACCAUUAAAACCAUACAUCCUGAUAGAGGGAGAGACUCACUAGGAACCAUUAAACCCAUACAUCCUGAUAGAGGGAGAGACUCACUAGGAACCAUUAAACCCAUACAUCCUGAUAGAGGGAGAGACUCACUAGGAACCAUUAAACCCAUACAUCCUGAUAGAGGGAGAGACUCACUAGGAACCAUUAAACCCAUACAUCCUGAUAGAGGGAGAGACUCACUAGGAACCAUUAAACCCAUACAUCCUGAUAGAGGGAGAGACUCACUAGGAACCAUUAAACCCAUACAUCCUGAUAGAGGGAGAGACUCACUAGGGACCAUUAAACCCAUACAUCCUGAUAGAGGGAGAGACUCACUAGGGACCAUUAAACCCAUACACACUGAUAGAGGGAUAGACUCACUAGGAACCAUUAGACCCAUACAUCCUGAUAGAGGGAGAGACUCACUAGGAACCAUUAAACACAUACACACUGAUAGAGGGAGAGACUCACUAGGGACCAUUAAACCCAUACAUCCUGAUAGAGGGAGAGACUCACUAGGGACCAUUAAACCCAUACAUCCUGAUAGAGGGAGAGACUCACUAGGAACCAUUAAACCCAUACAUCCUGAUAGAGGGAGAGACUCACUAGGGACCAUUAAACCCAUACAUCCUGAUAGAGGGAGAGACUCACUAGAGACCAUUAAAACCAUACAUCCUGAUAGAGGGAGAGACUCACUAGGGACCAUUAAACCCAUACAUCCUGAUAGAGGGAGAGACUCACUAGGGACCAUUAAACCCAUACACACUGAUAGAGGGAGAAACUCACUAGGAACCAUUAAACCCAUACAUCCUGAUAGAGGGAGAGACUCACUAGGGACCAUUAAACCCAUACACACUGAUAGAGGGAGAGACUCACUAGGAACCAUUAGACCCAUACAUCCUGAUAGAGCGAGAGACUCACUAGGAACCAUUAGACCCAUACAUCCUGAUAGAGGGAGAGACUCACUAGGAACCAUUAGACCCAUACACACUGAUAGAGGGAGAGACUCACUAGGAACCAUUAAACCCAUACAUCCUGAUAGAGGGAGAGACUCACUAGGAACCAUUAAACCCAUACAUCCUGAUAGAGGGAGAGACUCACUAGGAACCAUUAAACCCAUACAUCCUGAUAGAGGGAGAGACUCACUAGGAACCAUUAAACCCAUACAUCCUGAUAGAGGGAGAGACUCACUAGGAACCAUUAAACCCAUACAUCCUGAUAGAGGGAGAGACUCACUAGGGACCAUUAAACCCAUACACACUGAUAGAGGGAGAGACUCACUAGGAACCAUUAGACCCAUACAUCCUGAUAGAGGGAGAGACUCACUAGGGACCAUUAAACCCAUACAUCCUGAUAGAGGGAGAGACUCACUAGAGACCAUUAAAACCAUACAUCCUGAUAGAGGGAGAGACUCACUAGGAACCAUUAAACCCAUACAUCCUGAUAGAGGGAGAGACUCACUAGGGACCAUUAAACCCAUACAUCCUGAUAGAGGGAGAGACUCACUAGGAACCAUUAAACCCAUACAUCCUGAUAGAGGGAGAGACUCACUAGGGACCAUUAAACCCAUACAUCCUGAUAGAGGGAGAGACUCACUAGAGACCAUUAAAACCAUACAUCCUGAUAGAGGGAGAGACUCACUAGGGACCAUUAAACCCAUACAUCCUGAUAGAGGGAGAGACUCACUAGGGACCAUUAAACCCAUACACACUGAUAGAGGGAGAGACUCACUAGGAACCAUUAAACCCAUACAUCCUGAUAGAGGGAGAGACUCACUAGGGACCAUUAAACCCAUACAUCCUGAUAGAGGGAGAGACUCACUAGGGAACCAUUAG